AUGACGUCCCAAAACCGAUCAGCGCCAACCUUAGUAUCAUUGAACGCGAGGGAAGCACCACCAAUAAUGCUAUCCUUAAUACGCUCUGGCGGUAAGAGAAAGAAUGACCGCAUAGUUCCAAGAACCACUUCCACUGAGAGCCCAGUACAGAUCAGAGUUCUUAGAUGGAGUUGCGACCAGAUGGCGUCCGUCCAUGGUAAUAACUUCCCACUCAAGAGCAUUAUCAGUAACCAGCCAUGGCUCGUGGAGAGAAUCGAAUGA